AUGUUAGCAACUGUGUUGGCUGUUCGCUCUGAGGUCAACAUGUUUGAUAUUGUCAGCAUAUUAGCUACGCGUGGCGCAGGCCAAAACAGGCCUAGCAGCACUAAUGGAGUGGACACUAUCGCUUACAGUUCGGCCGCUUUCACGUCUAAGGUGAGCGACAAUCCUGACACACUGGAUCUCUCGAAGGAGACAAAACCGUUUUGGACAGGUGCGGACUUCGCCAACUCCACUCCAAGUAAAGGUGGUGAAGGGCAGUCAAGGAGAUCAAGCCGGUAUGCUAGCGAAAGUACUGAAGAACUAAUUACGAAGCUCCGUAUUCAUGCGCAAGCCCUGUCGACGAUUAUUUCUGAACGCGCAACAUUGUUUGAGCUCUCGCAAGAGAAUGAAAUCAAGCAUGCGGAUCUGUGGUCCAAAUUCACAUCUUUAUUGUUCUGUGGAUAUAAAUGGUCAUUUGAUGAAUACAGUCGCAUGUACCUUCUAAACUGGAAACUUGACCAGCUAUUCACUUUCGUGAAAAUGGCUUACGAUCGUGCUCUGGGUAUCUCGCAACUGGUUCUGUCUAUGCAUAGCCCGACAAAUUCACUCUUCCACGAGCUGUGCGCUGAUCAUGAUGCGUUUUGUAAACAAGAUGUUUUCAGUAAGACGAGUGCGAGCCAAGAUGAACAGGUGCUAUCGGUAAAGACCACUAAUAUGGAAGCAGACAUAACCGACGACCAACUUUCCACAGGAGACACGGCUUCUCGGAAAGCUUUCGAUGAGCUCUUUGCAGAUCUCAAAGAUGAUUGUAACCAGACCUUUCACAUGGAGAACGUUACAGAUGUAUCCUUCUGAUGGAAACUAGGGACUGCUUUCUCACAAAAACGUAUUGGUGAAAUAUGGUCGCGUCCAUAAUUCGACUCGCUCAUGUGUUUUUUUUUAAAGUUACA